AUGUCUUCUCCGCCUGAAGCUUCUACUCCACCUGCAAUCUUCUACUCAAUUGACCCCAACACCAAUCCAUCUACAUGGCCCGGAUCAAGGGACACGACUGGUACGACCAGUAUCUGGAAAGUCGACGUCAUAUUUAUCAACAUAAACGCCGCCUCAGACUUCCGUUUCCUCCGUACUGGCACUAAUGGGCACGUCCAUGAGGCUGUCAACCAAGUCAUAAAGCAUGUCGCGCGAGGACUGUAUAGGAUUGUCAGUAUGAAUGUUAGCGAAUAUUGCUGUCACGUGGUUAUGGCUACUGAAAAGCAGAGGGAUGAACUUAUGUGGAAGAAUGGGUUUCCUUGGGAUAGGGAUGAUGAUCCCCAGCCUCCAAUUGUUCUUGAGUAG